GACGAGUCAGGAAGUAAGUUCGAAGCGCGAGGAGAGAGUAAGUGGAGAGCAGCUUUUGUAGAGAGAAGGGCGAGCGCGCGGAACACACCGGGACAAUUAAAACUAAUAUACCGGAAAAACGGCAUCGGAUUUUAUUUACGGUGACUGGAGAGAGGUUCCGUUGAAGACAUUUUAAACAUUUCCAUACAAUAAUAAUACACUGUGAGUGAGGUAGUGGAAGGAAGAGAGCGCCGUAGUACUGAGGGAGCCCGCAGCACAGCAGCAGCUCGGGGACACACCGUGGAAACCGAACAGGAGGAAGAAGGCGGUGAUCGCGGGACCGCGGCGAGCUUUGCCACUGCGCGACCCUCCACGUCCACGAGUCCCACGGAAGAGUGACACACAGUCUCACGGAACACUGCCCAGAGCAGAGAGCGCCCAAGAUGCCUCGGGUGGUCCCGGAUCAGAGGAGCAAGUUCGAGAACGAGGAGUUCUUCAGGAAGCUGAGUCGGGAGUGCGAGAUCAAGUACACGGGCUUCCGAGAUCGACCGCACGAGGAGCGACAGGCGCGCUUCCAGAACGCGUGCAGGGACGGGCGCUCCGAGAUUGCUUUUGUGGCGACGGGAACCAACCUCUCGCUGCAGUUCUUCCCGGCCAACCUUCAUGGGGAGCAGCGGCAGGCUCCCACGCGAGAGUACGUGGACUUCGAGCGCGAGGCAGGAAAGGUGUACCUGAAAGCACCCAUGAUCUUGAAUGGAGUGUGCGUGAUUUGGAGAGGCUGGAUCGACCUGCAGCGCUUGGAUGGCAUGGGCUGCCUGGAAUACGAUGAAGAGAGGGCACAGCACGAGGAUGCCCUUGCGCAGCAGGCCUUUGAGGAGGUGCGGAGGAGGACUCGUGAAUUUGAGGAAAGGGAGCGCGCGCAUCGUGAAGACUUGGAGGCCAGGCGACAGCAGGACCCAAGCCCUGGCUCAAACAUGGGAAACGCCGAUGAUCACAAGAUGCGCUAACAGUGUACGACGGGGGUGCAAGACACUGGGGGAGAGUUACGCGAUCCUCGCACCAUGGCUGUCCUAUGGUCCAGUGCUGAGCUCUAUAUGGCAGAGACCAAAAUCAACA